UUAGUGUUUGUGUAUAAAUCAACAACUAAUACACAUAUGCUCUCAAUUGUGUAAUUGAAGUUAUCUAGGUAGUUGUGUUUUGGAAGUUCAGUUUUACGCUAGCAACGUAGCUGUUGUGUUGGAAAUGCGUCUGUGUAUAUACACUUUAGCUUAGGUCUGCCCUUUGCCGUUUUAAUACUCCAUUUUAAAAGAAAAAUGCUGUUUGUUUCAGGGUAAGAAUGUUUUGUCCAUAUUGUGGCUAUAACGUGGGAGAAGUUGUCAAGUUCUGCGGUUCAUGUGGCAAACAUAUUGAGUUUUUGGCGUUUGUCGACAACAGAUCAAUUCAAGAAAACAUUUCCAUCGAAGACCUCAUUCAGAAAUAUUUCAGAGACGGUUACUCCUAUAAUGAAACUUUGGACAUUUUGGCCUCAAAACAUAAACAGAAGAUCAGUCUGACCCCACUUAAAUGUAGAUUAAGAAGUUUAUCACUGUCCUGCAAAAAACAUUACUCAACUCAGGCCUUGAUUCGUGUUGCAAUAAUAGAAGAGCUGAAGGGACCUGGUCAACAUUAUGGAUACCGUUCAAUGUGGCAGACACUGCAUCAGAAACACCAUCUUUCUGUGAAAAGGCAUGAUGUCAUGGUGAUGAUGGCAGAGCUCGACCCAUCUGGAGUCCAAAAGCGCUCAAGGAAAAAGUUUGUACGAAGAGUUUACGAUUCACCUGGACCAAACCACACUUGGCAUUUUGAUGGAUAUGACAAAUUAAAGCCAUAUGGUUUGACUAUCAGUGGUUGUAUUGAUGGCUAUUCGCGGAAGGUAUUAUGGUUGGUUUGCGGAGCAACUAACAGCAACCCAGAAGUCAUAGCUCAACACUACGUUCAGUGUGCUUCAGAGUUUGGAGUCAUACCAGUGCGACUUCGCACAGACUGCGGCACUGAAAAUGGGACGAUGGCAGCAAUGCAUUGUGCCUUACGGUCAUCUCAUCAGGAUUUUUUUGCAGGAGCUGCCAGUCAUAUUUGUGCUCCAGCUGUGCUGUGA